AAAUUGUGAGGUGUUGAAUUUCUGGUGUAAGCUCAUGUAGUGUUUUAGUGUUAAAAUCUAAGUGUACAUAUACUGUUUUUAACGCUGAUGUGGGUUAAAUUGUGACUUUAACAGUGUGUAUUAUUGGUGUUGCCUUUCCAUACUCCUCAUCGGUGUUAAUUGCACAUACGGGAACUUGAGGUGACUGAGUCAAUACGGUCCGCAUUUGACGAUAAACUUUUCAUUAAUGGCUGCUCCUGCUGGACAGAUUCCUGCCGGAAACUUGACAUAAAAGCAAUCGAAAGACACGCAAGUCGGAAUUUUUACAUUUUAGAAUUAAGAAGCCGGUUUAGCAACUUUAAAAUCCGGGAUUGUGGGACUAUACCCGUGAAUCAUUACAGCAUCAGCCACACAAAGCCAUAGGUGUUGAGGACCCCCUCGUGAGUCAUCAACACGGAGCGGAGCGAUGGCAGCAGCAAGUUUUCCGCUCAUUUAAUGCCAAAACAGGUGAGUUGUUUUGUACGUGUUAUCGAAAUUAUAACGUAGUAAUUUUAUUUGAACAAAGAGUAUUGCAGAGUGUAACGUUACGCUUUCUGCCUUUAACGUUACUGCGAAUGCCUCAUAAAAUGUCACUCAUAAAUUUAGUUUUAGACAGCUUUCCUAUCUUUACACAUGCUUAAAAUCUAAAUUUUUACCGUCUGUUUAUUCGUUUGUGCGUAAAUGGUAUGGGUAUGUUGUUGAAACUUAUUUUAAAUGUGAUUGAAUCAACCAAUGCAAUCCAAUUUAUUAUUUAACGUCGCAAAUUAUGUGCUAUUGAGCAUUUUACACAUGGUACACGAUGUCUGUAAGUGAUUCUGAUUGGGAAUGUGGAGAAUGAAUUCGUAUCCUUACAUGUAUACCGUUAACAGCAUUUCUUUUACGUUUGCCGUCAGCUAGUGCGUAUAAUUUUGAAAGAUUUUAAGGCGGGUUAAUGUACACUGAUUUAGUGUUCCUUUUUUCAAACGGAGACUCGACGCCUUGCGUGUCACGCUGGAAAAAUAACGAACUAUGCAUGAAGCAAGUAGAAUCAAAAAUGAUCAACAGAAUGCUGUUUAAAGUACAGUAUCAAGCUCGUAAGAGAUACAUGAAGCUUCCAGUAUUGGAAUAUGAUGCCCUUAUACGGGAAGUCAAGGAGAAAUUUGGUAUAUCUCCAGAUCAUACCAUUUAUUUGGCAGACGAGACCGGAACUGAAGUGGAUGAAGAUGUUUUUGCUGAUAUUAUGGAACAAAAGCCUGACACACUUUGGACAAUUGUUGAUUCUAUGGCUACAGAAGAUUCUACUGCCCCACCACCCUCUCAAUUUUCAAGUGAAAUGAAAACGGUGUCACCAACAGACAGCUGUGUUUCUGUUCUCUCAACAAAAAGACCUCGAACUGACGACCAAUUUACUGAGGCCAAGGAGCUUGUAAAAGAUGUAUUGGGGAAAAAAAGUGCAGGGGAGAAGAUUUUUCAGGAGUACAGAGCAACUGGGAAAAUCACAGAUUCUACAAGGCGAAUUCUUGUGAAUGCUGUAGUUGGAGACAUGAUUGAAAAACAUGGGAACAUUCCACCAAAAGAAAUACGAAUUAAAUAUGCUGUUGGAAUAGUGACUCUGUUCCCCUCUCUCAAAGAUCCCUACUCCAAAAGAGGCUAUGAACAUUUUUAUGAUCCAGAAGGUAACUCUGGAUACAUAGCCUGGAGACUGAAAACGGUUCAGCGCAACAGUCAAGUCAGUAGGACCAGCAUUCCACAAGGCAUCUCUGAGAGGAGGGGCCCUAUCACUAAAAGAGCGUUUUUGACAACGGAGAUACAGCUAGAGGGAGAUAGCUGCCAGGAAGCCAUUUCAUUUCUAAAACACUGUUCUGAUCUGGAGCAAGUGGCUGCAAAGAUGAAAUCUACUUUCCAGUAUCGCCAGGAACUGAUCCGCAAUCCUGAAAAGUCGUCAUCUGUUUUCAAUAUAUUCCCUAGGUUUCUUGACACAAAAGGCCUGGUGCUUCAAGACUUUGAGUUGCUGUUUGGAGUAGAGACUUCAGCAAAGCUUCUGGAGAAGUGGGGAUCUUUUCUUAAACACAAAGUAAUUGGAGAAGCCAAAAACCUGACCCAGUCAUUUCAUCUGAGUCGUCUGAUCGAGUCUGCAGAGCAAUGUGAAAGCAGUCAAGAAGUUACAGAGUGGGACAGUGACAUGUCUUCACUGUUGUUGCUUCUCUAUCUCCUUCCACCACCUUCAAGUGGAAAGAAGAAUAUUGUAAAGAUCAGUGUCCAAGAAGCAUUAAACCACAUAGUAAGGUUCCACAAGUCCUGUUGCAGUUUCGAUGACGUGCUGAGGGCAGGACAGACAACACAGCCGUACAUCUUGGCAGUCGGAACUUUGAAGAAUUGCAUCCAUGACUAUUACAUCAUCGUGGAUGGACAACUCAUUCCCUGUAAGGCGAUGUCCUCUCUGGCUGCUUUUGAUGAGCUUUUCAAAGCACAUUAUGUGUUCGGCAUUUCAUAUGAUGCUGCUUUACACAGUAUGUACACGUUUCUUCAAACAACGGUUUACAACAUUGACGUUGGUGUCACUCAUGAAAGCCCUCGAGUCAGGGAUCUUCGAGCCAAGAUUCUAAAUUAGGACACUACUGCAGAGCUUAAAAAUG